AAAGCAAAUGUUAAAGAAUAGUGAAAGUUCAUUUCCCUAAUAUCUUCAUCUGGAUUACCCACCAUUGCAAUGAGACUCUUUUGCAAGGUAAUCCUGUUGGUGACUUUAUUGGGCGCUGCUCAAGCCGGAGGACGCCCACCUCUGCCAUCCUCUGAUGCCGAAGAGUUAAAUGCCCCCCUACAGCAAGGACAGGUCUCGGUCGAAUAUAAUGAGGAACCCGAAGAACAAAAAACCGUUGAAGAUUUUGAUUGGAAUCAUGGAAGAGGACCUCCGCAUGAGGCAACGAAACAACUUCCUCUCAACUAUGGAGAUCGAAUUCCUCAAGAAAAUACUGAGAGAGACCAUGAGGCUUACGGGAAACAUGCUAAAGCAGAUACAGGAUAUUCUGGCAAGAAAGGAAGUCAUAAUUCGAAAGGUCACUGGAUAGAAACUUCAGAAGAUCAUAGAGAAACUGGAGAAGAACACCCCAAGAGAAGUUUUGAGGACAGUAAGUUACAUGGAGGUCACGAUGGUAAUCUAGGUUCCAACAAAUACAGACUAAAAACCAGGAGAAAGUAUCCUAAAAGACCCAAAUAUCCAAAUCCUUUCGAGCAAGCAUCAAAGGGACAAACACGUUCAAAUGCUUACGGAAAAAAUGAUAAAAGCUCUACCAGCGAAGGUGACGAACAACUUUUAGUAUAUCGAGAAACUCAUAAGAAUGAUAAAAUACCUGAAUUCAAAAAUUUCGACACGAGCAGCGAAAUAAAUCUUAAAAAUCGGGACCAUACUUUUCAAUUUAAUAGUAAUAAAAAUGGUGAAGAAAGUUAUGUUAAAAAAGAAGACGAAAAAGACCUAUCAGGUUUAGUUCAAACACAAGAUAAUUCUGAUCAUCGCAAUUAUAAAAAUGACAAUUUAUUUCAAUCCCAUUUACAGAAGGCAGAUCAAGCUGAAAGUCAUAGUAGCCUAGGAAAUCAAAAAACUGAAGAUGCACAUAACAGACAUUAUGGCGUAAUGAAUCUUGGACAUAGUAAUUUGCAUCAUGCAUCCAAAUAUGACCAAGAUCAUCGGAUCAAAGAUAACUAUCAUUCCGGAAUUCAUUCUCAAAAUUACGGCAAUAAUUUACAUCGUGCAUCACGACUCAAUAAUAAUAAUUUUAGCAAACAUAAUUAUGGUUAUGGUAGUGGCUCUGGUUUACAUUCUGCAAACUCACACAUUAAAAGCUCUGGAAAUAGUAAUUUGCAUCAUGCAGCUCUGUUCAGUGAAGAUCAUUUGAAUAAACACAAUUACGGUUAUGAAAAAGAUUCUGGUUUGCAUUCCGAAAAUUCUCAAUUUCAAAGUUUUGGAAAUAACUUGCAACACACAUCAGGAUUCAGUGAAAACCAUUUGAGCAAACAUAAUUAUGGUCAUGGUAGUAAUUCUGGUCAACAUUUUUUAAAUUCACAAGUUCGAAGCUCUGAAAAUAGUAAUUUGCAUCACAGAUCUGUUUUUGGUCAAGAGCAUUUGAAUAAACUAAAUCAUGGUUAUGGCAGCAAUUCCGGUCUCGAUUCUUCACAAGUUCAAAAUUCUGGGAAUAGACAUCAUACAACUGGAUAUGGGGGGCAUAAUUCCGGAUACGAAAGAGGUUCUGGUCUGCACUCAGCCAAUUCACAAGUUCAAAAUUCAGGAAAUAGUCAUUUACAUCAUACAUCUGGAAUUGGUCAAAAUCAUUUGAAUAAACAUAAAUACGGUUAUGGCAGUAAUUCUGGUCAGCAUUCUUCACAAGUUCAAAAUUCUGGGAAUAGUCAUUUACAUCAUACUUCUGGAUACGGUGGACAUAAUCACGGAUACGAAAGAGGCUCUGGACUGCGCUCUGCCAAUUCACAAGUUCAAAGCUCCGGAAAUCAUCAUAAAACCGGAUAUGAUAAAAAUCAUUUGAAUCAUCGUAGUAAUUCUGGUUUUCAAUCCGUAAAUUCACAAGUUCAAAACUUAGAAAAUAGUAACUUGCAUUCACAUAAUAAAUAUCAUACAUCCGGAUUCGGUCACGAACAUUUGAAUAAACAUAAUUACGGUAAUGAAAGAAAUUCUGGUCUCCAUUCUACAAUAUCAAAAGUUCAUAACUCUGGAAAUAAUUUACAUUAUACGUCUGGAUUAAACAGACAUGGAUCUAGAAGUAAUUCUGUUGUGAAUUCACAAGCUCAUAAUUCCAGAAACAGAAAUUUACAUCAUACAUCUAGGGCUCAUGAUCAUUUAAAUAAACAUUCAAACAGUUAUGGAGGAAAUUUCGGCUUGCAUUCCAAAGUUCAUAAUUCUGAUUUAGCAAACAGCUAUGUCGCUGCAUCGCAUACUUCAGAUUUACAAGAAACGCGUUCAGGUGGAGAUCAAUAUGGGCAAAAUAGAAAACAUAAUAUGCAAAAAAAUACUGGCUAUGAUAGAAUAGCUCAAGUAGACGUCUCUAAGGGAGUUGACGAGAAAAACUAUAGGCCUGAUUAUCAUUCACUCAAUCAUGAUAAAAAACAUAGCUAUGGCUCUAGUAAACGAGAUCAAGUACACUACAAUUCGGGAGCUCAACACAAAACUACGGGCUCUGGAGUAUUUUCUCCAAGCCACAGCGAUGUGUUUGGAGCUAACAAGAAGACUCUUAAUGAAUAUUCAAAUAAUGAACAUCACAAAAUUAUAUUUCCAAGCCACAAAGCAAACGAUGGGUACUUUUACAAUGAAAAUGAAAGUGGCAACCAUGAUAAAUACAAAAAAGAGAACGCACAAGGCAUAGGAGAAAUAACGGUUCUUGGUUACAAAACACAACCUGCAGGAAUCAAAGGUUUCAGUGACCAUCAUAAGACUUUGAGCACUCCAGGUGAACAAUUAUAUGCACAUCAUACAAAAAAAUCACUCCCUGUUUUUGAAGAAAACAAACAAAAAGUCAAAUCUUCUAUAAAAACGAACAAUCUUAACCACCCGAAGCAACCGCACUUGGUAACACACUCUGGGAAACAUAAUACGAACAGUGAAAACAGUCCUUUUUCAAAAACUGACCAAAUUCAUGAUCACUAUCAAGCUUUUGAAAGAUCACCAAACACGAAAAGUCACAAACCCAAUCAACCAAAGUACCCCCGAAUCGGAGCAUACAGUGGAAUUAAGGGUGGUUCUGAUAAAAUCAGCAGACCCCACUUCCAGUUAAGUGAACCUAGACAUGCAUCUGGAGUAAAAGGGGGAAUUUCUAAAGAUCUUAUGAAGACUAUUCCAGACUUUCCAGUCCAAUCAGAUGUCCCCAUCAUAGAACAAAAAGAAUUUCCACUUGAAAAAGAGCAAACACUUGGUCAUUGGUCAAAAAGCUCUUCCAAAAAUGCAGAACCUCAUCUCAUUAGCCAACAACCUCAAGCAGAACUAUCUUAUGAAGCACUGUUGGGAGAAGGAAAGUAUCCAGAGAAAUCAAGUGGAUACGGGUCAAGUGGAUUCGGUAAUCCUGCAACUCACAACUCAAGAAAUAAUGAGUACAAGGAAUCCAAAGCUAUGCCGUAUGAAUUUAAAUAUGAAGUAAAAGAUGAUGAUGGAGCCAACCAAUACAGAGAAGAGAAAAUGGAUGAGGGUGGUAUGCUGACAGGUCGAUACGGAUAUAAGGACCAUCACGGAAUCUACAGGCAUGUGGAGUACCAGGCUGGUAAGGAGGGUUUCAAAGUAUCCAACAUAAAGACAAAUGAACCAGGCACAAGCAAUUCAGAUCCAGCUGAUGUCCAUUUUGAAGUUCAUAGUGAACCAAUAUAUUAGAAUUAUACUAUUUAUACUAGUCUCAUAUGCACAAAGGUAAAAAGUUGUGACGGUAAGAGGUUGCUCAUCAAGCAUUGUUUGAUUACGCACAUUGUUUAGAUAUUUAUUAAAUGUUAUCUCAUGAGUUUAUGUUGUGUUUUGUAACAAAUAAAGAUGUUAGUGUCUA